GGAGCAGCCAGGGGGACGAAGUUGCUACACUCCCGUGUAGGAGGGAGCUACUCUGCAAGCCUGCUGAAGGAGGACGAAAAUAUACUUCAAAAAUUUAAAAUAGCAACCGAAGAGAGUCGUGAACGCCAAUCCUCAAAAUCUACGCGUACUGGAUUACUUUUUUGUACAGUUCAUAAUAUAUUCUAUGUGAAGAAAGUAUUUAUACUUUUUUAUUUGCACUAACUAACGGUACUUUUGAACUACUACUGAGAAUCCUUAUUUUUUACUAAAGAAAAAAACCAUCCUGUGGAAAAAAAAACACACCACAGUUCAACUAAACCAGCACUUUUGAUUUGAGCCAACUUGACUUCAUUCACUUUGGGUUCCACAGCCAUCCCGCUUGGACAAAAUUUGAGUUGCCAACCACGCACAAGAGCAACAACAAUCUAGCGGAACAAGCUCUUUCAACCUCUCGCUACAUUCAGUGAAACGCUAUGCAGCUAGAAAUCCAAGUAGCUCUCAACUUCAUCAUCUCCUACCUGUACAACAAGCUGCCUCGGCGCCGCGUCAACAUUUUCGGGGAGGAGUUGGAGAGGCAGUUGAAGCAGAAAUAUGAGGGCCACUGGUACCCCGAUAAGCCAUACAAAGGGUCCGGGUUCAGGUGCAUCCACGUGGGGGAGAAGGUGGACCCGGUGGUCGAGAAGGCGGCCAAGGAGAGCGGGUUGGACAUCGACGACGUCCGGAACAACCUGCCCCAGGAGCUCAGCGUGUGGAUCGACCCCUACGAAGUGUCCUACCAGAUCGGAGAGAAGGGGCCAGUCAAGGUGCUAUACGUGGACGAUAGCGGCGACCAGGUGAACAGCACUCUCGACUUGGACAAAGAGAUCCGCAACAGCUUCAAUCCGGACGCCCAGGUCUUCAUGCCCAUCAACGAGCCCCUCAACGCCUCGCCCGGGUCCAGCUCGCCGUCUCCACCCUUCGGUCACUCCGCGGCGGUCAGCCCCACCUUCAUGCCCCGCUCCACCCAACCCCUCACCUUUACCACGGCGACGUUCGCGGCCACCAAGUUCGGCUCCACCAAAAUGAAGAGCAGCGGGCGCAACGGGAACGCCAACGGGGCCAGCGGCGCCGGGAGCAAGCCCGCAGCCGCGCGUACCUCCCCGACCAAUCUGGGCCUCAACGUGAACAAUCUCCUCAAGCAAAAAGCCAUGUCGAGCUCCAUGCACUCUCUGUACGGAUUAGGACUCGGGGGGGCGCACCAAAAGUCGUCCGCGCUUUCGCCCAACGCCAAGGAGUUCGUGUUUCCGAAUUUGCAGGGGCAGGGUAAUCAGAGCGCGCUGUUUCCGGAAAGUUCGCUCAACCUCAGCUCGCUCCCGUACAGCAAUGCCUUUGACGUGUUCGCCGCCUACGGUGGCCUUAACGACAAGUCCCUCAUGGAUGGCUUGAAUUUCAGCUUGAACAACAUGCAGUAUUCAAACCAGCAAUUCCAGCCAGUUAUGGCCAACUAAGUACUCAUAAAAGAGGUACUACUUAAGCUACUACUGCACUGCACAAAAGGAAUAGUUGCGUCGGUUGGAAUGAUUUCAGGAUGUUCGUCGAUUUGACUCGUAGUUUUGACUAGUUUGAGACGUAGAUGAUCCAAAAACGUACAUUUUGUGUUCUUUUGUACGUUGACUUCUUGGGUUCCUUUUAAAGACAAUACAAUGGGAGAUUUAUUUACCUUGUUGACAUGUUUUGACUGGUAGUGGCAAGACUUCAGAAAGUCGUCCACCGUUUCGCCCAACGCCAAGGAGUUCGUGUUUCCGAAUGUCACCGGUUUUUGCUGGUGUCAACGAGGUAAACAAAUCUCCCACUGUACGCUCUUUCAAAAGAACCCAAGAAGUACUGAAUGUUUCUGACUGGUUUUAAUAUUUUAUCGCAAAUUCAACACGAUUGCACUUGAAAUUUAAACACUUUGCCCCGCUCUUUGUCAUGCUUUGAGUCACAGGUGUAUUGAACCAGUCACAUUGAAGCGUGAACUGUCAGAAGAAGCAGACUUAUGUUACCUCUCACGGGGAAUACGAAGCCGUUAAACGUGCAUCAUUUGCGACCGGAGCGUUUCGCCGUAUCACGAUCCCAACGUUAAAACCAGUCAGUACACUCAUCUAGUCAAAACUGCUCGAGAAGCCAUUUCGAUCCUCGCUGUUCCUUUUCUGCAGUGUUGACAAAAACGGCCAGAGAUAAUGUGACAGGGGGAACGUAUACAUUAAUGCACAUUUAUAAAAGAAAAUUUCAAAAAAACCUCUACAAAAAAUGUAAACAAAGCGAAUGUCAUUUCAAAAAGAGGACUUGUGCGGCGUAAGAUCUUAUUGGUCACAAGUCUGUAACAGCAUGAGCCCAAGGGUGACGUCGUUUUCCCCCUUGAGUUGAAAUUUCCAGUAUGAAGCUUGUAGUACCAGAUGUCCAAGCUUGGUUACUUAAACGUGCGACAUAAAUCAUUGUUAUUUCUUUUGCCAACCAAGCACAAACUAUUUUUUUAUGUAAUUGUUUUAAGAUAUAUAAAAGACAAAAAAAAAACAACAACGAAAUACCACCACGAGUCAUGGCCUGUCAGUAUUUAAACACAAACUGGACACCGCCAAUUUUGCAUAAAUUGGCUUAAAUACGUGGGAUUUCUUGGUCUUUUUUCUAAUUGUAUAAUUUAAUUUAGUACAGAGUUUGUAAAAUAUCAGAGUAUCUAUUGUUUCUACGACAUGGUAUUGCAUUUAUAUCUUUUUACUACUCCAGUGAUCUGUGAUGGCUGCAGCAACUUUAUGUUUUCUUUUUUUAUUGAAAUUAUAAAUAAAUGAAUCCAUCUUUGAAAAACUAUUCUAAAGAUUGUGUACAGAAUAUUCCGUAGUGGUGGGAUUUAAGGAUAUUUGCUUUUUUGACAAAACAUAAGAGUUGUAUUUUCUGUUAAGAGUUUAAAGAUUUUUGCUAUAUUAUGGACAAAAUGUAAUCGUAUAUUAAUUUUGUACCUACAUUGUGCAAUACUUGAUAAAAACAAGACGGUAUAACAAAGUAUUCUGAGUCAGUGUCUUACAUGUUAAGAGGGACUGAUAGUUUAUUAAGUUUGUAUUAAAAUGCUUGAAAAUAA